AUGCUGACCUUCUUCAGCAUUUUAAUCCCUCUGGGUGUAAUGAUCGCCCCGAUGGCAUCUGCCUCUAGAUGUUCGCCAGCCUUUAUCGACAAACCAGACUUGGUUGGAGCUUCGAUAAUCGACAUUGAAGCCAAUGAAGCACAUAACUUUUCCGCUGUCAGUAUUGGUCCUGGAAGCAACCAAGGCGGCCAAUAUACCAUCAAUUUUUGCAACAUUACAGUCACCCAUACCCACCCCGGCCGGAACGACAAAGUCCAUACUCAAGUUUGGCUCCCACUCAAAGGAUGGAAUGGAAGGUUCCAAGCCCUAGGUGGCGGAGGCUAUAGUACUGGCUUUGGUUCCAUCUAUCUCACACAUUCAGUCGCAACCGGAUUCGCAUCUGCCUCUACCGAUGGAGGCCUUCCUACUGGAAAUGGGAAAGACGCUAUCCCCACAGACUUGUCCUGGGCUCUGACCAGCGAAAAUAACGUUGAUUGGCUUCUCUUGGAAAAUUAUGCCUCAAAGGCAACAAACGACAUGGCCCUGAUCGGGCAGCAGAUUACAAAAUCCUACUACAAGAAGGCUGCAAACUACUCCUACUUUGCUGGAUGCUCUGGUGGCGGACGACAAGGACUCUUGAUGGCGCAGAAGUACCCAGAAGUCUUUGAUGGAAUCCUGGCCAUUGCCCCGGCUAUCAACCUUCAGAAUUUCAUUCCUGCAGGGAUGUGGGCGUCCCAAGUCAUGAACGAAAACAAACAUUACCCAUCGCCAUGUGAGAUUGAGGCAUUCACCAAGGCAGCCGUUGCAGCAUGUGAUCGUUUAGACGGAGUCGAAGACGGCAUCAUCAGUGACCCAGACAGCUGCCAUAUCACUGCCUACGACUUCAUCGGAAAGGCUUACACCUGCAACGGAGUCCGAAGCACCUUCACCUCUUCCAGUGCAAAGGUAAUCCAGGCUGCUUGGUCCGGCUCCCGCUCGGCCUCUGAGAAAUAUGGUUGGUCCGGACUCAACAAGGACUCCGCAAUUGGCAGUGCCUAUAUACCCACCGAAUGUUCUACGAACAACAAGACAUGCCAAAUCGGUGAAAGUGCUUUGUUAGGUGCUUGGUUCAAAUAUCUCAUUGCCAAGAACCCCGACUACGAUACCAACAACAUGACCCGAGCUGAGCUUUUUGAAGGCUUGCACUCUUCAGACGUUGAUUAUUCCUCUAUGCUCGGAACAAAUGAUGCCAAUCUUUCAAAAUUCAAGAAAAGCGGCGGGAAAAUGAUUACUUGGCAUGGAAUGGCAGACGAGGUUAUUCCACCAAAUGGAACAAUCGCUUACUAUGAGGAAGUGCUCAAGAACAACCCCAAAGCCCACGACUUUUACCGAUUCUUCGAAGCUCCUGGCGUGGGUCACUGCUAUGGCGGACUGGGACCAAUUCCAAAUGGAGCGAUGUCUCAGCUCAUGGAAUGGGUUGAAAAAGAUCAUACUCCUGUUACCUUGCACGCCACCAAAGGCAAGAACGAUACAGCUAGAGAUCUUUGCCCAUAUCCUCUUCGGCAAAAGUUCAUUGGGGGAGAUUCUAGGAAUGCAACAUCCUUUACCUGCAGAUAA